CAGCAAACACCAACAUCUACAUACCUUAGCCUAUCUAACUUUUUCUUGGUUUCAUUCUCAUGGCCACCGCUGAACGUUCCUCAAUUCAUUUGAGGGUAAUCCCUCGUAUGCCCAUGUCGCCUUCGAAAACCCGAGUACCCUCUGGAACAAAGAGGGCACGAUCUCCAGGUGUUGGUGCUGAGGAGCAAAGCAGUCGCGCAGUUUUGAAACGCGCUCGGCCUACCGUGGCGACACCUACCUCACAGAAGAUUAAAUCGCGCGAAAAAAAGUAUCAAGAGGUGGAGUUUCGAGAAAAGUACUCGCGUGCUAUGCCAAGCUGGACAUUUCACUUCGACAUGACGGACAUAGCAGACGAAACACUCGUCAACAAGUUAAAGAGGAGACUCAGAGAGCUCGGAGGGAAUUACGAUAACUUCUUUUCGAAGGAUAUCACCCAUUUCAUCUGCAAUGAUGCCGACCGGUCUACGAAAGCGCCAGAGGAAGCUAUUGAGAAAGAAAAUCGCUCCCAUCAUACACUAUCGCGUUCUACUUUCAAUCUGAGGAAGAGCCCCUCGAAGCAUACCCUGAUGACUGAAGUUCCUGAGGACGCUUCAUCAUUAGCAAAGGCUCGGACGUAUAACAUGAAGAUAUGGACCCUCAAAAAACUCGACAGCGUACUAGCUCGGUGUCUCGAUCAACCUCUCCUAAUUCCAUCCAAGCAAUCUCAUAUUGCUCCCUUAUCCAAUUCGAACCCCAAUCAAGGUCGAUCCUUAACACGCUUACUCCAAUCAGAGAAGAUCAAUGGCUCUUCCGAAAGAGAUUCCUCUCAGAGGCGACCCGAUUAUCAUUAUUUCUCAAAAGGAAGCUAUUUUGUGCUAGUCGAAGACAUGCGCCAGGAGUUGGCCACCAUCGCUGUGCAAGAGUACCCACAACCCAGGCGCAACUCUGGGAAAUUUCCUUGGCCCGUUCUGCACUGUCAUCCCCAAGCCCGAGGUCCUUUCGUUCCUUUUGAUGAACGAGAGAGGAGGAGGUGGGAGAAAGGACAGACUAUGGAGAAGGAAUGCCGGUUAGAGCAGGAAGCUUAUCGGAGGAAAAAGAUGAAGCAAUUCGAGGACGCGUUUAAGCUGAAAGCGGCGCAGAACGAGCUAAGGAGGUCCGGCGACCUCAGACGGUCAGUCUCGAUGAACAACCUUCGCCGUCAAAGUUCCUUUCAUGAACGUGAGGUGCCAGAGGAUGGUGACCGAGAUUCUAUCUAUGAAUCCGCGAACGCCUCUGGAUAUCUCGCAUCUGGCAACGGUGUCUAUAUGGCGGCUUCCGGCAAUAGUGUUCACAUCACCUCUACCACUGGGACCACCUCAACAACUUCCGGCCACCUUAGGAGGCAGAACUUGCCGCCGAAUCUCCAGAUGAUAGCGAACCAGGAGAUAACAACAUCCAGAAAAGCGACGCGGGCCUUGAGAGAACGGAAAGGCGAUGAGAUGGGUCCCCCUGCCAUACUUCCCGAAAGGCAUGCUUUACGCAAGAGUAAGAGCACAAAUAGCAUGAGACUCAUAAAAAGAGAAGAAGGGACCAAACCAGGCUAUUGCGAAAGCUGUAGAAUGAAGUUUGAAGACUUCAAACUGCAUAUCGUCUGCAGUAGACAUAGAAAAUUUGCGGCCAAUGACGCGAAUUUCUCUCAACUUGAUUGCGUGCUUGAUCGAGUAAGGCGUAAGACGGUUGCGGAGGUCAGGAGCGAACGACUUCGCACACGCAAGACAUUCUCGCUAGAGAAGGCUGAAACCAGUUUCAUCACCUUGUCGGAUGAGUCGGAAAUGUGCAUUGUAUGAUAUCCAGGAUUGCGAAGAACUCUAGCAUGAAUACAUCUGUUCCUCAAGUCUUGUAUUACUGUACCCUUUUCAAUAGUCCUAC